AUGUCCACUCUCGCCGAAUCCAUCUCCACCACCCCGGCCCAAGUCCCGCGCGUGCCCAUCCCACCCAAAGGCGUCGACUAUCGGGGCAAAAUCGUCCUCGCCCCGAUGGUUCGAUCAGGCGAACUCCCCUCGCGCCUCCUCGCUCUCCACUACGGUGCCGACCUCGUCUGGGGCCCCGAGACCAUCGAUCGCUCACUCAUCGGCGCCGAGCGCCGCGUCAACCCGCGUAAUGGAACUAUCGAAUUUACCCGUCUACCCUCCAAUGGUGGCCGUGUCGAAAAAGCCGCCAAAGCAUCAGUCAUCUACCGUCUCGAUCCUGUCCGCGAAAAGGGUAAACUCAUUUUCCAAAUGGGUACUGCCAACCCCGAUCUCGCCGUGCAGGCGGCAAAGGUUGUCGCUGGGGAUGUAUGGGGUAUCGAUGUCAACUCAGGCUGUCCCAAGCCUUUCAGUACAAGCGGUGGCAUGGGUGCCGCGCUGUUGCGCACCCCCGAUAAACUGGUUUCCAUUCUGGAGACGCUGGUUCGCGAAGUCGGUGAGCCUUAUCAGAUUGGUAUCUCCGUGAAGAUCCGCAUCCUCGAGACGCCCGAACUCACCGAAGCGCUCGUCACCCGCCUCGUCCGCACCGGUAUCACGGGUCUGACCGUCCACUGCCGCACAACUCCCAUGCGACCCCGGGAGCGUGCUAUCCGUGACCAGCUCCGCAUGGUAUCCGACAUCUGCCACAAGGCCGGCGUGGCAUGCCUGAUGAACGGCGACGUCACCUCCCGCGACAACGGACUGAAGCUGAUGGAAGAAUACGGCGUGGACGGCGCAAUGAUCGCCGUAUCCGCUGAGGCCAAUUCAUCCUGUUUCCGCUCCGAGGCAGACGGUGGUCUCGACCCGUGGCGCGACGUGGUCUACCAAUAUCUCAAGUUCUGCAUUGAAAGCGAGAACCGCUACGGCAAUACCAAGUACCUCCUCAACAUGUUAAUUCCCGGCAAAGUUAAGGAAUUCAAGGACGCCAAGCUAUCCAAGACCUAUUCCGAUGUUUGCCGUCGUCUGAAAUUCGAUGACCUGGUGCCUGCGGCCAUUCAGCUGGAUGAGAUUCUCGACCUCACGCAUAAGCAGGAGCUCGGUGAUGGUGAACAAUCCCAGACUGUUUCAAAGGCUGUGCAGAAUGCCAAGGAAAAUAACGAGUCUGCUCGUGCUGCUGGCGGUGGUAGCACCAGACCUGCCAAGUCAAAUUCCUCUAUGAACAAUGUUGGUCCCAUCCGCACCUCGUCCAUCCCACAGCCAGCUAAAGCAGCUCACCCCGCAUCUGUAUCCGAGCAGGCCACCACUACCGUUGAUCCGACCGUCCCCGCUGCAGAGGUCUCCCAGCAGUCCAGCGUGGCAGUUUAG